AUGAUUUGCAAUAAAAAUGCUGUUGAUUAUUCGCUAUAUCUGGUAACCGAUUCUUCGAUGCUUCCACCAAAUACCAGUCUUUACUCUCAAAUAGAAGCCGGUUUGAAGAAUGGUGUUACUGUGGUUCAGGUACGUGAAAAAGACUCUGAUACUGGAGCUUUUAUAGAUGAAGCUGUAAGAAUCAAAGAGCUAUGUACAAAAUAUCAAGUUCCUUUGAUGAUCAACGAUCGUGUGGAUGUCGCUAUGGCGAUUGAUGCUGACGGUGUCCACGUUGGACAAGAUGAUAUGCCCAUUCCAAUGGUUAGAAAGUUGCUUGGUCCUGACAAGAUUAUUGGCUGGAGUGUGGGAAAAGUUGAAGAAGUCGAAACUUUAGCCUACUGGGGUCCAGAGAUGGUGGAUUAUAUUGGUGUAGGUACAGUAUUUCCAACAGAAACUAAGAAGAACACGAAAAUACCAAUGGGACCUCGAGGUGUUGCCAGAAUUCUAACUGCUUUAGAGGAUAAUAAAGCCGAGUGGUGCCGUACCGUGGCUAUUGGUGGUUUACAUCCCACCAAUAUCGAAAGAGUCCUCUACCAAAGUUUCUCUCAAAAUGGGAAAAGGUCACUAGACGGGAUUGCAGUUGUUAGUGACAUUAUGGCCGCUCCAGAUGCCGGUGCUGCUACUAAAAGACUUCAAGGGCUACUUAAGCAGAACGCAUACCAUUUUAUCCCACCAUGCUCAGUGGAGAAGUCCGAUCUGUCUCUUCAUUCCAAAAUUAAAACUGUUAUCAGUAAUGUAAAUGAUAAGGCCCCUUUGAUUCAUCAUAUCACGAAUAAAGUUCAUCAAAAUUUUGGUGCCAAUGUCACCUUAUCUUUAGGAUCGUCACCCAUAAUGUCUGAAAUUGAGUCGGAAGCUCAAGAUUUAGCCGAGCUUCCUCAUGCAGCUUUACUAUUGAAUACUGGUUCAGUGGCACCGGUGCAAAUGGUGAAAACAGCCAUUGCUGCCUACAACAAAGUGAAAAAACCUAUUGUCUUUGAUCCCGUUGGUUACAGCGCCACAGAAACUAGACUGCUUUUAAACAACACAUUAUUAUCGCAUGGACAGUUCACAUGUAUCAAGGGUAAUAUUGGUGAGAUCUUAUCUUUGGCCAAUAUGUCCAAAAACAAGAUGAAAGGUGUAGAUUCAGGUGAUCACAUUGUUGAUAAAAAAUAUCUUGCUCUUGCAACGAAAACUGUCGCUUACAAUUUCAGAACUGUAGCUGUCUGUACUGGUGAAGACGAUUUCAUAGCUGAUGGGACCUUUGGUGGAGAAUACAAAUUAGGACAUGGAUUAAACAAGCAUUCGCUUGAUGACGUUCCCUGCCUACGUGUGGAAAACGGUCCAAUACCGAUUAUGGGCCAAAUAACAGCCAGUGGUUGUUCUUUAGGAACCACCAUAGCGUGCUUUUUAGGUGGUUACGACUCAAGGAUCAGCGUAUUUGAAACUGUUACUGCUGCAGUAAUGCUGUAUAAAUCCGCUGGUUUCAAAGCUGCAAGUCUUUGCCAAGGUACAGCAAGCUUUCAGGUCCACUUAGUUGAUACGCUAUAUAAUCUUUUCCAAGAAAACUCUCCAGAAACCUGGACAGCAAAAGUGUCGGUGGUAUGA